GCUGCCGGCGACACUCGCCCGCCCGCGGCUGCCGGGGCGGCCGGUGCUCCCCGCGGCUCCGGAGCCAUGGACCGCCUCAGCGCCUCUGUCCCUGAGCUUGGCCUCUCCAAUGCAGGCCAUCUCCCACAGGCGCCGGACUCGGCAGGAGCUACCCUGGAUGCCAGUGGAGCUGAGCGGUGCUGGACCAGCUCCUGCCAGAGCUCAGCGUCUUGCUCAAGCUGCUGGACCACGAGUACCUGAGUGCCACCACACAGGAGAAGAAGCUGGCUGUCUCCACCAUCCUGCAGAAGCUGCAGCCACCUGCAGGGAAGCACAUGGACUACAUGUAUGUCAACACAGCGUCCCUGAGCAAUGGCACCAGCUUCGUGGAGUCGCUCUUCGAGGAGUUUGACUGUGACCUGCGGGAUCUCCAAGACAUGCAGGAGGAGGAGGGGGACACCGGUGACGGCAUUGGCUUGGAGCUGGCGAGGAGCCAGACAGCAAAAACAGUUCCUGUGGACCCUGCUCCACCACUACCCACCACUCCCCCACCUGAGGAUUACUAUGAGGAAGCCCUGCCCCUGGGCCCUGGCAAGGCCCCCGAGUACAUCACCUCCCACAAUAGCUCCAGCCCCCCCAACUCCAUUGAGGAUGGCUAUUACGAGGAUGCAGACAGCAACUACCCUGUCACCAGGAUGAAUGGGGAGCAAAAAAACUCCUACAAUGACUCAGAUGCAAUGAGCAGCUCUUAUGAGUCAUAUGAUGAAGAGGAGGAGGAAGGGAAGGGCCAGCAGCUGACACAUCAGUGGCCAUCAGAAGAAGCAUCCAUGAACCUGGUGAAGGAUUGCAGGAUUUGCGCUUUCCUGUUGCGCAAGAAGCGCUUUGGACAGUGGGCCAAGCAGCUCACCAUCAUACGGGACAGCAAACUGCUGUGCUACAAAAGCUCCAAGGACCAGCAGCCGCAUGUGGAGGUGCCCCUGGGGACCUGCAAUGUCAUCUAUGUCCCCAAGGACAGGCGGCGCAAGAAGCAUGAGCUGCGGUUCUCGCUGCCAGGGGCUGAAGCACUGGUCCUGGCCGUGCAGAGCAAGGAGCAGGCUGAGGAGUGGCUGAAGGUGAUAAAGGAAGCCAGCAGUCUGGCAGUGGGCGGGGUGGAAGCCCCCACCUCUCCGGUGAUGCCGUGCAAGAUGGACCUGGAUAAGCGGCUGUCACAGGAUAAGCACACCUCCGACUCAGACAGUGUGGCCAUGGGUGAGACUGGCUCCCCAGCAGCCCGCAGAGAGCCUGGUGAGCAAGGGAAAGGCAAAAAGAGCGGCUUGGCUGACCUGAAGGGCUCAAUGAGCCGGGCAGCAGGGAAGAAGAUCACGAGAAUCAUCAGCUUCUCCAAGAAAAAGCCUUCCCCUGAGGACACACAGACCUCCUCCACCGAGGAGGACAUCCCCUCCUGUGGGUACCUCAGUGUCCUGGUUAACCAGUGCUGGAAGGAGCGCUGGUGUCGCCUGAAGGGCAACACCCUCUACUUCCACAAGGACCGCACUGACCUGCGCACCCACGUGAACACCAUCGUCCUCCAGGGCUGCGAGGUGGUUCCGGGGCUGGGCCCCAAACACCCCUUCGCUUUCCGCAUCCUUCGCAAUGGGCAGGAGGUGGCAGCGCUGGAGGCAAGUUGCUCUGAAGACCUGGGCCGCUGGCUGGGUCUCCUCUUGGUGGAGACAGGCUCACAGACAGCACCAGAGGCCUUGCACUAUGACUACGUGGACGUGGAGACUAUUGCCAACAUAGUGACAGCUGUGAGGCACUCCUACCUGUGGGCCAGCUCAUCCCAGGACCACCGACCAGAUGCCUCCCGCGUGGUGUACGAUGAAGUCCCCUAUGAGAAGGUUCAGGCCAAGGAGGAGCCGGGACGGCUGGCAGGAGCCCAGGUGAAGCGCCAUGCCUCCUCCUGUAGCGAGAAGUCACGGCGGGUGGAUCCACAAGUCAAAGUGAAGAGACAUGCGUCAAAUGCCAACCAGUACAGGUACGGGAAGAACAGGGCUGAGGAAGAUGCCCGCCAAUUUCUGACUGAGAAGGAGAAGCUGGAGAAGGAGAAAGCAUUGAUCCGCAGCGAGUUAGUGUUGCUGCGGAAAGAGAAGCGAGAGCUGCGGGAAGCCAUGAAAGGCAGCACAGGGUCAAAGCUGCAGGACCUAGAGCAGCAGGUGGCAGUGCUGGAGGAGCAGUGUCGGCAGAAGGAGGAACAACGUGUUGACCUGGAGCUCAAGCUGACUGAAGUGAAGGAGCAGCUGAAACAGUCACUGGCAGGAGGGCCAGCCCUGGGGCUGGCUGUGACCAGCAAGGCUGAAAAUGCGGAAGCUACAAACAAGCCAAAUGGGAGCCCCCAUGAGCACCUGGUCCCUGUUAACUGUGCAGCCGAGCUGAGGAAGAGAAGUCCCUCCAUCCUCCCUGCCAACAAGGGAAAUGUGCUGCGGAAGGCCAAGGAAUGGGAAAAGAAGCAGACUUAAGCCAGGCUGCAGGAACACCUGCUGAGCCCCACUGGACACUGGGGCUCACGGAGGAGCUACAAGCCCCCUUUCUCCGAGGCGCCGGGAGGGUGCUGGGAAGGCAUGGCGGGGGAAAGAGACACCCUCCCAUGCCCCACCACUGUGGCACCGUCUGUCUCGUUGGCAACACUAUAAACCAUGGGGAAAGGGGUGGG